AUGUCAGCAGUUACCCUACAGAGGCCUGGUUUCUUGAUAAAACUUCCUUGCUGCGGGAUCAAAACUCUGAAUUGCAAGCAGAGAAUUUCAUAUUCUUUGAAAAUAUCAGCGUAUUCGGGUUCUUCAGAAACAUGGCAAAAGCAACUGGAAUCCCCAAAAGGGCAUGCAGAAGCUUCAGUACUUCCUCAAUUUGAGCCACUUAACAUCACUACUCCAUCAAAGCUCCAAUUUGACAGGCUGCAACAAGUUGAGGAUCAUGGACUAACACAAGAAAACAGGCUGGAAUUCGGGCAGUUUGUCGCCCGUGAGGCUUUUCUUGAUGAGGAAUUUUGGGUAGCAGCUUGGCUGCGAGCAGAGAGCCUCUGGGAAGAUAAACUCCAUGACAGAUUUGCUGACAACUACAAGAGAAAGUUUGCCGAGCAGGAAUUUAAUGCACUGAAAAGGAGAUCUAGAGCAAAAUUUGGAAACAGAUCAACCUGUGUUGUGGCAGUAAAGAAGGAAAGCAGAGAUGUGAAGCGUACUGUGGUGAAGAGUGUCGUUGGGACGCUAGAUUUCAGCAUCCAAUUCUUGCAACAGGGAGAAGCUUUUCCAGGGGUACCUGGAACAUCUCCAUUGUUUAGCAGCAAAGAUACAAAAACUUGCAACAGAUAUGGCUACAUUGCCAAUUUAUGCGUUGCAAAAUCAGCUCGGCGCCUAGGUAUCGCUAGCAAUAUGUUGCUCUUUGCUAUUAGGUCGGCCAAAAGAAGUGGUGCAAAACAAGUGUUCGUUCAUGUUUACAGAGAUAAUACAGCUGCAAAGCAACUUUAUUAUAAGAUGGGUUUCGAGGAUGUUGAACCUGUGGCGUUCGACAAACCGGAUGAACAAAUUCACUUGCUUCGUUUCGAAUUAUGA